UUCUGCGGCGUCCUCCGAUUUUAUUCACAGAAAGUGUUCGCCAUAUUGCUUCCGUGAAUUCAGUGGAAUAAUUGUGCAUUUCUCUUCAAUUAUGACUGCAAUAUGAAAAUAGUUUAAAGGAAAAUAAUCCAUGUUUGAUUAGUAACUGUGGCUAUACAUUUUUAUGCAGCUCAGACGUUAAAAUAACGUGAAAACCCGUCGAGCGGGCAGCACACCCAUGUCGUACGAAAAGAUGGAGGUGGUGAAUCCGGCAGAGAAGGAGGCGAGUGAGGUUCUUCACUCGCUCCUGUCGGUGGAGCGCCGGAGUGUGGACAGCAAGGAGGCCAUAAUCGUGGCCAUUCCGCAAGACCAGAAUGGCGGAGGGGAGUAUGGAGAGAGCGCUCAGUGGCACACGCCUGUCAUGGGCCAACACUCUGUGUUUGAGAUGGGAGCCUCUCAGAACAUGCAACAGCACAACUAUAAUGGUCACCAAGAACAGGUUUUAUGGCAAGGUCACACUAUCCAAGUGGAGAAUGGCGAGGCUAAUAUGCAAGGAAUGCAAGGUGCUUACAGCAUUGAGUUCUCCAAUGUGGAUGGUGAUGGCAUGGAGGUUGAGACAAAGCCUAAAAUGGAGAAAAAAGGUGGAGCUAAGAGGAAGAAAAAGGGAGCUGAAACAGAUAGCGAUGAAGAGGUCCUCGAUAACAAACUUGAGGAUAAUCCUUUACAAGUGAAAGAAAGAUUAAGAAGAGGAUGUGAUUGCAAGGAUAACUGCUACCGUGGGCUAAAUCCAGAGGCUGUCUACCGCCACCGUCUCAACAUUGCUGAACUGACCAAAAGUGAACAUGACAUGUAUCUAAUGGGCAUCACUAUGGCCAGUUUGGCUAACCCGGCAGAAACAUCGCGCCACAAGGUCAGGAGGAGACUGAGGGCGUGCUACGUAUACCAAGGAAGAAAGGUCUGCUUGGAGGCUUUUCUGUAUCUAGAAAAUGUAACACAUUAUCAGCUCAAACGCAUCAGGCAGCACGUCAUGACGCACGGCGUCGCGCCUCGGAUACACGGUAACGUUGGCAAGAAGCCCUACAACACGUUCACCUUAGACAUAUACAAACAUGCAACUAAUUUCUUAAAGGAGUACCUGAAACAGCACGCUAGCUCGCCUAAAGACGUCCAGCCUUCCGGCGAACAGGGCAAGAAAGCCAGCAAGACCAUUAUUAUACAGGGAGACUCACGGAAGCACUUGUUUGAAGCUUACAAAGAGUAUGGGGAAAUUCUCGAGCCCGGAGUAAAACUGAUGGGAUAUUCCACUUUCCGCGCAUUCAUGAAGGACCAAUUCCCUCACGUCAAGUUCGCCACUAAGAAACAAGACAUGCCCAAAGACAUGGUGCCGUUCCGCAGCGGGAAAUGCAUGUCGUAUGACAAAAAUAAGGACCCGAUCAGGGCGCAACACGACAAAGACAAGGUGGACCAUAAGAAGGCAGCUAUGGAGGCUAAAAAGAAGGAGGAUCACGACAGGGAGCAGCACGUGCAGCAGCAGCAACAGCAGCAACAACAGCAGGUGCAACAACAACAGCAACAGCAGCAGCAGCAACAGCAAGUGCAGCAGGUGCAAGUGCAGCACCAGCAGAUGUCGAGCCAGCCGCACGUGGUGAUCCACCAGCAGCAGCCCGGACAGCAGUCCAUGCAGCAGCAGAUGCUGGUGCCGCAGGUGUCGCAGCACCAGCAGGUGCUGACGCAGCAGGUGGGCAGCGUGCAGCAGGUGUCGCAGCACAUGCAGCCGCUGGGCGUGUCGGACGAGCCGCCGCAGCCGGUGGAGAUGGCGCAGCAGGUGAUCCCGCUGGCGGUGGUGCAGCAGCAGCAGCAGGCGUACAUCGUGACGCCGGUGUCGCACUUCCAGACGCGCGUGCAGGGCGCCUGGUACAGGCAUUGACGGCGCUGCCACCGUCGCGCAGGAAGUUAGCGAGAAUACUUAGGUUACGCCUAUUCAGUAUUGAUAAACUGACAUAUAACGACUAUCUGUAAGGAUAAAUUUAAUCAUAUUUACACCAGUAAAUUAGCAGUAGCUAUGUAGUUUAUUUUUAAAUGGUUUUAAAAUUGAUAGCGUUGUUUUACUGAAUUGACGGUUUAUGUAGAUCUUGCUGGUUAGAUUGCGAAUGUACCGAGUGUAGUUAUAUAUUUUCCGCGUGUGUUUAGAUGUAUAUGGAUCAUGAUUAUUUUCUUUUUAGACUAUCUAAGCGUUCAGGUGGUGUUGUCAAUCAAUAUUAAAUUCACUUUGAAAAGCAGUGCCUUUAAAAUUUAUGAUGUGGAAUAAGACAUAGCUAUGAUGUGUGAUUAUACUUUCAAAAUACAGAUUUAAGAGACAAAAUACAGAGAAGUAUGUAUUAAUGCAUACUAAGGCGUAGGCAAUACAAGUUGAUGAAGUACAUAUCACUUUAUUUUUAUUGGUUCAGAAAAAGAUAAUGUCUAUUUUAUUUUUUUAA